AUGAACGUCACACAAUUACAAGCUCCGCCACAACUCAAAGCGCAGACUACUUCGGAGGACCCGGUGGACAAGAAUGGCGAGUUCUUGGCUCUGAGAAUGCUCAACAAGCGAGCACGCGUGCGAGUGUCUCCAGGAUCCCUCGAGUAUGAGUCUCUACGGACACCGGGACGUGUCUUCGCAGUAGCGAAUUCUAGGGGUUGGUUUGCGGCUGCGUCGCGCAACGCUGACUUAUCAAACGGUUUCAUUUUAUCGACGCUCUCUGAGCUACGCGCCGCUUUCAUGACUGGUACCGCCAAAAAUGGUGAAAUUGUCUUCCAAGCGCAACAUAGGCUACCGCUGCCAAGCCUCCCGAGUGCGCUGGUGUUCUCGAGCCACGACACGCGUCUAGUGGUUGGCCUGGCAAAUGGCCGGUUAUUGGUUUACGACACUCAGAGUAUUUUCGCAGGAAGCACAAACGUUCCUCAACCAAUCUUCACUUACGACAGAGAUAAACCGUUUCUCGAUAUUACUCCAAAUCCAGGAGAUAUGGCAGACUUGGUGGCGAUCUUGAGAGCAGGAGUGAAUAAUCCGGGAGAGCUCGCAGUGGAGGUCCUGGACACGCAGAAACUCCAGAUGGUGGGAGGGUGGCAGAGCGGUGGCACCCCUGACACCAGACCAACUGCAUUGUCGUGGUCUGCGAAGGGGAAACAGUUGGCCCUGGGGCUUCAGAAUGGUGACAUUAUCGCUUUCAGCCCCAUGACCACAUCAACCGCGAGAGGGCGCGUUCCGAGACCACCUUCAGCUGAAGGCCAGACCAUCAUGUCUACGACGUGGCUGUCAAACACUGAAUUUUACAACAUUUACACCCCCUUUCCCCCACUCCCGCCUAAUGCGGAGCAAACGCAUCUCAUUGUCAAUUUCGACCCUAAGACAUACUCGUUGACCGAAGUGAAGCUCAAACCACCAUUUCUCCCAUUUCCUGGCAUUUGUUCCCCCGGAUCAUUCCAUACUCUUCUGCGCGGUUGGGCAUCAGCCAAGCUUCUGCUCUUCGCUGGGGACAGCAGUUCGUGCGACCUUGGUGUAAUUGGCAUCGUAGACGAUGCCUGGUGCAACAUAUCUUUGGAGGAGACGUCGAUGCCUACGGUCCCACUCGAUAAGGAGAUGAACGACACCGUCUUGAUGGGCCUCGAGAUUGACUUGACGAACACCGACCAGUACCGUUUCACCACGGUUUCGGGCGAGGGGAUGGACGUCCCACCGCCUCCGAUCAUGUACUUGUAUGCGAGUGACGGUACGUUGUCCGCCUGGCACGUCAUCCACAGUUCGGGCAUUGGCUAUCCGGGAAUGGCGACAGCUUCGGCAUCGACUCCCGUCCCACAACAACCUCAGCCAAGUCCCAUACCGCCCGCGCAGGGUGCGUUUGGGCAGCCGCCUACUUCUUCCGCGUUCCGCUCACCGACCUCCGCCUUCAACCAACCCACCGCCCCUACAUUCACGCAACCUGCCGUCCCCGCCUUCGGCCAACCCGUCGCCCCCGCCUUCAGCCAACCCGUCGCCCCCGCCUUCAGCCAACCCUCCGCCCCCGCGUUCGGCCAGCCUUCCGCACCGGCGUUCGGCCAGUCGUCCCUUGGGCCUGGACUCGCUCCCACAUUUCCUACUUCAGGCGGAUUUGCUGCGUUUGCGGCCGGGCCCUCGAAGUUCGGUCAAUCCUCCUUCGGUCUUGGCGCAAUGUCUUCGGCACCGCCACCAUCUCAAACUCCUCAAGAAUCAAUGGCAAUGCAGGUUUCGACUGCAUCUGACGACGUGAUGGUGGCUGAUACCGACACUGGAUUUGGCGGCCUUUCUCUCGGAGGAGGAGGCUCUGACAAGGGCAAGGAGAGGACCGGCGGAGGAUUCGGCGUGUUUGGACAACCAUCUCUUGCUCCACCCGAUGCCAACAAGCCUGUCUCGGCAUUCGGUGGCGGCGGGGUAAUCAGGCCAGCCUCAGGGUUCGGUGCUUUUGGUAAUAUGAACCAAGGGCCGUCGCCGUUCGGUUCGCCCCAGCCAGCACCUGGUUUGGGCGCGUUUUCCAACCUGCGAACUCAGCAGUCAGCGUUUGGGUCGGGGACCCCAACAUUCGGAGCUCCCGCCCAAGGGUCAGUCAUAAAGCCAGCCAUAGGUUUUGGUGCAUUUGCCAACCAAGGCCCUUUACCAUUUGGUGCACCGCAGUCACCGAGCACCUCCCAAACUGAACCGUCUCCAGUGAUAAAACCAGCUACUGGUUUUGGUGCCUUUGCGAACCAGGGGCCUUCGCCGUUUGGCGCACCGCAGUCGCCGAGUGCUACCCCUGCUCAGCCGUCCGCUGCGCCAACUUCCAUGAUUAAACCAGCUACUGGUUUCGGUGCGUUCGCGAACCAGGGCCCGUCAGCUUUUGGCACCCCGUCGACCAGCAGCUCAUUCGGGACUCCUGUAGCCGCUCCAGCGGAGUCAAAACCGAGUUCAGCGUUUGGCCAGCCCAGUUUUGGUCAACCCUCUCCCCUUGGGAGUUCUGUCUUUGGACAGCCUGCUUUUGGACAGCCCUCAGCAUUCGGGAAGCUUGCGUUCGGUCAGUCUGCGUUCGCACAACCUUCAUUUGGGCAGUCCUCACUUGCCCAACCUGCCACCCAACCGACAACCACACCAUUCGGUAGCCCUAGUGGCAUAUCUGGCGGUUUCAGCGCGUUUGCAAAGGCCGGACCCUCAGCGUACGGCACGCUUCUCCCUGCAAGAAAUGAUAAGUCGGCAGCGCCCGCGCUGACAGAAAGGGUGCCGAAGGAGGAAGCCGCUCCGAAGGAGGAGACCACGUCGAAACCCGAAGCGACGCCGAAGGAGACCAUGUCGCAAGAGGCGGCGGCAGCGAAAGAAGAGGCAGCACCUCAGGAAGAGGCAGCGUCUAAGGAAGAGACUGCGCUGAAGGAGGCGGUACCGAACGAAGAGGCAGCACGAAAGGAAGUGGCCUCACCGAAGGAGGGGGCGAUACCAAACGACGAGGAGGCGCCAGAAGAGGAAGGCAACAAAGAAGAGGCUAGCAAGGAGGAGCCCGAAGUAAUGCUCAUUGGAGGGGUUCUUCCCACAUUGAGAAAUAUUUCUGGUGGCCCGUCCCCCGGAGUUCGACCAAUGCCUGCCUCACCAUCUGCACUUGUUCCACAUACUCCUGUUCGUGCCGCCUCUCCUUCGGACUCGUCUAGUCCGUCACGCCCUUCGACACCUUCCUCCCCCAGUUCACCUACCAGCCCGCAGGAGGCAGAAACACCUGUUGCACCGCCUAGCACUACGCCUAGCACUACACCCGCUGCACCUCCUCCUAGUGGAGGUGCAUUUUCUGGGCUGAAGACCACACCCUAUGGUUUUGGGCCACUUCAACCUGGUUUCGGUGCCUUCGGGGGUGGUACUAACCCUUCAUCUCCUUUUUUCAAAGUCGCUCAGUCCCCAGAAACGCCACCCAAGCCCGUGUCUGUGUUUGGUAGCUUGCCUUCAACUCCGGUUACACCGACCCCGAAAGAGCUUGGAAACACGCCUGCUUUUGGUGCACCAUCGGCGCUAGGUGCACGCUCCGUGUUUGGCGGCGCUGUACCGCCUGUAACCGUUCCUGCAUCAGGUGGAUUCGCUGCGUUCAGCGGCAGUACCAGCGCUUUUGGUGCGGCCGCUGCUUCGGGUAAGUCUUUUGGAGAACUGCUACGGCAGAAGGAGGAGAAAAAAGAAGAGCCGGAAAAACCUCUUUCUGUUUUUUCGAUCCUGGCGAGUCAAGGAGCUACGAGACUUGCAACAGCUCUACAAGAAGAGUUGGAACGAGUAGAAUUGGAGUUCGAAGAAGGCGAAGAAGGGUAUCCUAACAUUGACGACGAUGCAGCGUCGUUUCUAUCGGAAUCCGCUUCCGAAGAAUCAAUCGAUGGACACUUGGAGGGUAUCCCUGAGGAACACCCUAGCUCCCGUUCUCCAUCGCCUACUUCUGUUGAAGAGUCAACUUCAACAGAGAAGCUGAAAUCAGUUGACAAAGGUAAAGCUAGAGAAGGUAGCACGACUCCUCCCGGCACCCCAGCUAAAGUCGUAACAUCUACUGUGGUCAACCAACCUCCGGCUGCUUCGGUUGCAGGGCCAGCGACUCCGUCUCCAACAGGAUCUUCAAUAGGAAUAGGCCUGGGUCGGCCUUCGAGUAGGCCCGUUCGUAGUUCCCCUCUUGCCAGUGCACCGAUCAACGGGGAAACUGAAGCAGCACCUUCCCCCGCGGCCUCGCUCGCCGAAGGAAAAACUGAAAGUGAACAGGUCGGGGAGAGGUCAGGAGCUAACUCAGAAGGGUCAUCAAGACCGACAUCACCUCACCUUCUCUCUACACUUGGUGCAACGCCAACCCCUUCAAUGAGUCCCUUCUCACUGACUCCUUCUGUGACUCCUCCGCUGUCGGCCGAUUCAAAUGCAUCUUCUAGUUCUAAACCGCUGCUUGGAGUUUCAAACAUUUCUCCGUUCGGUAUUCCUGAUGUUAAAAGCACGACUCCGCCAACCAACAUUUUCGGUUCGAAGGUUUUCACAUUGAAUCCGUCCGUAGCGCAAUCGAAGGAGGGUGCUAGUGCAUCACAGCCCUCCACCACUUCACCUCCUGAAUCGAAGUCUAACAGUCCCGCAGACACACCUGAAGCACCGAAAUCAGCCUUGGCGGGUCUGGCGCUCCCUCCCGGUGGAAAGAUUGGUGGGUUGCCCGCAGCCCCUGGCACCGCAACCGCUCGUGUAGCAUCACUGUCUAGUGGCAAGACACUAGCAGGCCCACUGUUUGGAACCAAACUUCCGGAGCUUCCAAAGCCCCCUAGCACGACGUUGAUGGGUGCGCUAGCACCGUCUAGUACUCCACCGACUUCAUCAGGAAAGCUGUUUGCCACACCGGCAUUAAUUCUGAAGCCCCCGGCGGGCUCAAUAUUCGGUACACCAGCCACCGGCAAACCAUCUGCUUCUAGCUCAGCAUUCGGGAAGCCAGCGGGAACACCUGGAACAUCGGCUGCGCCUUCUGUUGCUCCGGGUGGGUUACUCGGUAACAAGCUAAUAGCUGUGCCUGCCGCAGAUAAGCCUUCUGCAGACAAGGCUGUUGCGGUAACUUCUCCAGAAGAAGGUAUGGCGAGGGAGUUUCUUGCUGUGCUUGUCAUGGUUGCGCAGGAGCUGAGAACGCUCCGCUCAAUGACGACGGACGCAGGCAAAAAGCGCGAGAAUCUCUAUAAGCCUACCAAUCGCGUGUACACGCGAGCUGAUCUGAGUAUAGAGACAAGUUGGGCGGUCAGCGAUCUGGAGCAACUGGCACAGAUCAUGAAGAGCAUCGAACAGGACCUCAAAGAGUUGGAGGAGGAGAAAGUGGACUGCAUUGCCAUGCUUCAAGAGGUGGAAAGCAGCAUGCUGAAAGCUACCACGCGGAAAGAGGAGGUCGUCCGAUUCAGCAGAGCAUCAAGGGAUGCUGAAUUUGCAAAGAUGCUGAAAGCGAGAUCUCUGGGGCCUGAGCAUCUCGAAACACAGAGUCAGCUACGGAGGGAUAUCAAGGCCUUGCGUGAUAGAAUUCAGCAACUGGAGGACCACAUUCAAGAGUCCAAGAAAAAGCUAAGUUUGAUGAAAGCGAACAAGCCUGGGAUCAGGGCACCAUCACUAGAUACGAUCAACAGGAUCUGCCGCAAUAUCGACACCGCGAUUACUCAGGAGGAAGAUCACGUUGCAAAGCUCGUCGCGCGCACCGCGCAAUUAACUCUCAAACCUGAGCCAGAGUCGCGGGACAGACGGCUCCCUGACAAGACUGGCAGGCCGUUUGAAGUUACGCCGAACGUUGCAAUGAGCACUGCGGCGGCGCUAAAUGCCGAGAUGUCCGCGCAUAAGCUGAAGAUUGCGCUUUUGGCGGCGCGCAAGGAACCGCUGUUAAACACCCAAGCAGCUACUGCGAAGCGUGUUCUCAUACGCCGGCCGCUUACACUUCCAACUAGGCCGACGCAAGCACCAGGUACAUCUCUGACAGGUACGCAUAUGAAGGACCCUCAGCUUAAUAAACCGGCGCCAGUACCGGUCGGGUUGUUUGGUACACCCUUAACGAGUAUGCCCAUAAGGGGUAAACAGCCUAUAGCUCCAAAUCAGCCAGUGUCAUCGCCCGUCAGUUUGUUUGGUACAUCUCUACCAACUACACCGGUAAAGGUCGCUCAGCUGUCGCCAGCACCUGUUGCACUGCCAACUACGCCGGUGAAGGAGGAUGUGUUCGCAUCAAUGGGCCCUCUACCCCCCUUCAAUACUGGUGGUAGCUUAUCGUCAUCUCCUCCGUCUGGUGGAGGUUCUCGACAACGCUAUUCGAGUGGCAAACAUCACGCAAAACCGAUCCCUCUCAAGAAGACGUCUGCGACGACAGCGCCUCCUCCGAAUUUUAGUUGGGGUCCCCUGCCAGGUAUAUCCCCAUCUUCCGCCGGGGGAAGCGUACCAGCGCUGCCUGUUCCAUUAAUCUCUGCAAACGCACCGACUGUACCAGCAUUGCCCGUUCCGAUAUCACAGCCAAACGCGGCGAACGCGAAGGGCGGACCACCACCACUACCUUUCCUGAUCAACGCUACGAAACCAUUGAGUGUCUCCCCAUUACCUUUUCCCAUCGUGAAGGCCAGCUCUGCACCCCUAGUACCUCCUUCACAGCCAAACGCUACAAAUCCCGCGAACGCACAGAGCGCACCGCCGCCACUACCUUCCCCGAUUAGCGCUGCGAAAGCACUGAGUGUACCGCCAUUGCCCUUCCCGAUCUCGAAGGCUAGCUCUGCACCGAUUACACCAGCGGUAUCACCACUGCCUCUUCCGAUCGUGAAAGCUAGCUCUGCACCAAGUUCAUCGCCAGUUCCUCCUUCGCAGCCGGACUCCGCAGAAUCUGACUCUAGAUCUGCGACACCAGACUCUGCAAAAACAGAGUCUGCGAAAGUACCGGAUGCACCGCAGCCGCAGCCACUCUCGCUGUCGAGUUCCUGGGUCACGGAGGGUUUUAAAGAGGGCAAGCCCGCUUAA